AUGCAGCACCAGGGAAAAAUUGGAGUUAAAUUUAAUGUUGGAACUGAUGACAUCGCUAUUGAAGAGAUGAAUGCAAUCAUUAAUGAUGGAAAAUACCAUGUAGUACGCUUCACAAGGAGUGGUGGCAAUGCCACAUUACAGGUGGACAACUGGCCCGUUAUCGAACGUUACCCAGCAGGAAACAAUGAUAACGAGCGCCUGGCGAUUGCUAGACAGCGAAUUCCAUAUCGACUUGGUCGAGUAGUUGAUGAAUGGCUACUCGACAAAGGGCGUCAGCUCACAAUCUUCAAUAGCCAAGCAACCAUAAAAAUUGGAGGCAAGGAACGUGGCCACCCUUUCCAAGGCCAGCUCUCUGGUCUUUACUACAAUGGCUUGAAAGUUCUGAAUAUGGCAGCAGAAAAUGAUGCCAACAUCGUGAUAGAAGGAAAUGUGAGACUUGUUGGUGAAGUGCCUUCCUCUAUGACAACUGAGUCCACAGCCACAGCGAUGCAGUCUGAGAUGUCCACGUCAGUCAUGGAAACAACCACCACUUUGGCCACGAGCACUGCUAGAAGAGGAAAGGCCCCGACAAAAGAACCUAUUGGUCAG